CUAAGCCCACGCUAUCUCUCUCAACCCCGCGCACAUCGAACCCUUGCCCCCAACCUUGACCAAAAGCACCGCACCGCACCGGCUUCCUCUCGCCUCGCGCACCGUCUUUCGGGCUGCGUAUCAACGUACCGAAGCGUUGCCCAACGUAAUGACCGACCCAGCAUCUCCUCUCCUCUCCGUGUACCGCGUGUAGCUCCGUGCCUCAUAUCCAGUCCCCACGCCACAUUUAAAGUUUGGAACCCCGAAACAAAAGGGCAGGCAGGGCACGACAGACAGGCCAGGCCAGGGCAGGGCAAGGAAGGGAGGGAUGGCUCCUUGCGGCCCUGCUUGCGGCGUUGCCUCAUUGACCUGCUCUUGCUCGAUGCAUUGCAUUCGGUACGUCGUCUACGAGCGGAUCAGUGAGCCAGCGAGCGGGGUCCAGACCAGACCUCAGAUAGAAAGAGGCGGCAAAAGGGAGCGAGCCGUUCGCGGACCGCGUUUUACCAUCAACGACGACACUCGUUCUUCGGAGCAAUAUUUGGUCGGGCGGUCGGUGGGUGGCGGCGGAGAAGGAGACGGGAGACGGCCAAGUGAAGUUGGGCUUCGGGUUCCUGAAGCAACCAAAGGGGAGGCGCGAAGACCUCGUGUGACCCCCGAAUCGUUUCUUCCUCUUCGUUACCACCACCCACUCAGGUCCCGUGGCCCCCCCCAUUCACUCCUUGCUCCGAGCCCCUUCCCCCCUGCCUGCCUGCCCGCCCGCCUGCACGCAGCAGCAUCAGCUUCCCGCACACAGCCAGCACCCACGCAAAUCACGGCAGCGGCAGCAGGAGCAGCGGCAGCGACAGCCGUUUGCUUCUCACAAACUUAAUAGCUCUCACGCAUCACGCAGGCAGGAGUGAGCCGGCCCGUCUUCGCCUUGCUGCAGCAGCAAGUGAGCGAGGCCAGGAAGCAAGGCAGGCAAGGUAGGCAAGCAAGCAAGCAAGCAAGCAGGUGGGCGUACGUACGUGCGAGCGAGAUCCCACGCUUGUUCGCUUUUAGUGUGCCUCGUCUUUGUUCAAUCGCA